AUGACUUCCAGUAAUAAUCUUCCAUCUUAUGGAGGACAUCAACACGAACUAGAUCAAGCUAGUAAUGAAUCAGCCAGUACGGUCUAUCAUAUGAAUGUUUCGAACGGCACAUAUGGUGAACCUAAUGCAAACGCUGUCAACGUCGAAGCUGCUCAGCAAGAAUAUGAAGAUCUCAAGCGAGAAUUGUCUCGUAUCAGUCUAGAAGAAGGCAAAGCUAAUGCAGAUGAAUUUAACCUCGAUGAAUUCUUAAACGGUCUGCGUGAUGAACAUGAUUCUGCAGGCCACCUGCCCAAAAAUCUCGGUGUUUCGUGGAAAAAUUUGACGGUCAAGCUCUUUGGUGUUGGUGUCAGCAGAAAUAAGAAAAAUAUCCUUCAUGAUCUAACAGGCCAUUGUAAAGAAGGUGAAAUGCUACUGGUUCUCGGUCGUCCUGGCGCAGGCUGUACUACUUUCCUAAAAGUAAUUGCUAACAUGCGUGGUUCCUACACUGAUGUUGAAGGUGAUGUUAGUUAUGGUGGUAUUGACGCAGAUACCUUUGCAAAGAGAUAUCGUGGUCAAGUUUGUUACAAUGAAGAAGAAGAUCAACACUAUCCUACCUUAACUGCUAAACAAACACUUCAAUUUGCUCUUCGUCUCAAGACACCUGGUAAUCGACUUCCUAACGAGACAAAGAAAGAAUUUGUCAACAAGAUUCUUUAUAUGCUCGGUAACAUGCUGGGUCUUACCAAGCAAAUGAAUACCAUGGUUGGUAACGCCUAUGUCCGUGGUCUCUCUGGUGGUGAACGCAAGCGUAUGUCUAUUGCUGAGCAAAUGACAACAUCCAGUUCCAUCAACUGUUGGGACUGUUCCACACGUGGUCUCGACGCUGCCUCAGCUCUCGAUUAUACUCGAGCACUUCGCAUUAUGACUGACGUUUUGAAAAAGACAACGAUUGCUACUUUAUAUCAAGCUUCGAACAACAUCUUUACCCUUUUCGACAAAGUCAUGGUAUUAGACGAAGGCAGAUGCAUCUAUUUUGGCCCUACCGAUCUCGCUCAACCCUACUUUGAAGCUCUCGGUUUCCAUUGCCCCAAGCGUAAGUCAAUUCCUGACUUCUUAACCGGUCUUUGUAACCCCAACGAACGUGAAAUCAAGCCUGGUUUCGAUUCAAUUGCUCCCAGAUUUGCCCACGAAUUUGAAGCAAGAUAUCUCGAAUCAGAUAUUCACAAACAAAUGAUGGCUGAGUUUGAGCAAUACCAAGCUCAUCUUCAUCACGAGAAGCCUGGUGAUACUUUUAUGAAAGCUGUCGAUGCCGAGCAUCAAAAGCGUGCCAACAAAAAGGCACCCUACACAGCUAGUUUCUAUCAACAAGUCAAAGCACUGACCAUUCGUCAAUUCUAUCUCAACUUGACCGACAUCGGUGCUCUCAUCUCUCGUUACGGUACUAUUCUCAUUCAAUCAUUAAUCACUGCCUCUUGCUUCUUCAAGAUGGCCGAAGACGGCGCCGGUGCCUUUUCUCGUGGCGGUGCUCUUUUCUUUGCUCUCUUGUUUAAUGCCUUCAUCUCUCAAUCCGAACUUGUUGCCUUCUUGAUGGGUCGACCUAUCCUUGAAAAGCACAAACAGUAUGCUCUCUACCGCCCUUCUGCAUUCUAUAUUGCUCAAGUUGUCAUGGACGUGCCUUAUGCUGUGGUCCAAGUACUCUUGUUUGAAAUUUGUGCUUACUUCAUGAUGGGCUUGAAAUUGACGGCUGGAGCCUUCUUUAGUUUCUUUAUCAUCUUGUUCUUCAUCAACAUGUGUAUGAACGGUUUCUUCCGUUUCUUUGGUGCUUCCACAUCCAGUACCGUUUUGAUUGCCGUAACAUCCUACACAGGUUAUACUAUCCCUUACAACAAGAUGCAUCCUUGGCUCUCAUGGAUCUAUUGGAUCAAUCCCUUGACAUAUGGUUACAAGGCGCUACUUAUCAACGAAUUGAAGGGCCAGCAUUACAGCUGUGAUGGUCUUGGUAAUUCGAUUCCUUCUGGCCCAGGCUAUGACGACUGGAACUACAAGACCUGUGUUAUGGCAGGUGGCAAGCCCGGUGCCAGCUUUGUCCUUGGUGACGACUACUUGAACGAGUACCUUAGCUACAAUCCUGAACAAAUGUGGGCUCCUGAUUUUGUUGUCCUCGUUGCCUUCUUCCUUUUCUUUACUGUCGUGACUGCCGCUACCAUGGAAUUGGGUGGACUCAGCAAAGCCGGUACAUUGACCAAGCUUUACUUGCCUGGUAAGGCUCCCAAGCCCCGUACGCCCGAGGAAGAAGAAGCUAGACGCAAAAGACAAGCCAACAUCAACUCUGAAAUGGAAAAUGUAUCUACUGGUACAACUUUUUCAUGGCAAGACGUCAACUAUACCGUUCCAAUCAAGGGAGGUCAACUCCAACUUUUGAACAAUGUCUCUGGUAUCGUCAAACCUGGCCAUCUUACUGCCCUCAUGGGUUCCUCUGGUGCUGGUAAGACCACCCUUCUGGACGUCUUGGCUCGCCGAAAGACGAUUGGUAAGGUCGAAGGUCGUGUCUAUUUGAACAACGAAGCCUUGUUGAAUGACUUUGAGCGUAUCACAGGUUACUGUGAACAAACCGAUGUUCAUCAACCUGCUGUCACUGUUCGUGAAGCACUAAGAUUCUCAGCCUAUCUUCGUCAACCUGCUGAAGUGCCCAAGGAAGAAAAGGAUGCCUAUGUCGAAAAGAUCCUGGAGCUCUUGGAAAUGGAAGACAUUGGUGACGCUCAAAUUGGUCUUGUUGAAACUGGCUUUGGUAUCUCUGUUGAAGAACGUAAGCGUUUGACGAUCGGUAUGGAACUUGUAGGCAAGCCUAAACUUUUGUUCUUGGACGAACCUACCUCUGGUCUUGACGCUCAAAGUUCAUACAACAUCAUUCGUUUCAUUCGUAAGCUUGCUGAUUCUGGGUGGCCUGUCUUGUGUACCAUUCAUCAACCCUCUGCUAUCCUCUUUGAACAUUUUGAUCACCUUCUUUUGCUUGUCCGUGGUGGUAAGACAGCCUACUAUGGUGAAAUCGGUAGGGACUCUCAAACGAUGAUCUCGUACUUUGAACGAAACGGCGGUCCUCAAUGCGCACCUGAUGCUAACCCUGCUGAGUAUAUACUUGAGUGUGUUGGUGCAGGUACUGCAGGUAAAGCCAAGGCUGACUGGGCUGCUAUCUGGGAAAAGUCAGCUGAAGCCAAACGUCUUCAAGAAGAACUCGAACAGAUUCACAACGUGGCUGACAAGAACCCCACGCGUAUCGCUCGUACUUAUGCUACAAACACCUGGACUCAAUUCAAACUGGUUCACAAGCGUAUGGCUUUAGCCUACUGGCGUUCUCCUGAUUAUAACAUUGGUCGUUUCUUAAACGUCAUGUUUACUUCACUUAUCACUGGUUUUACCUUUUGGAAGCUUGGAAACUCUUCUUCUGACUUGCUUAACAAGCUCUUUGCCCUCUUCAGUACUUUCAUCAUGGCCAUGACAUUGAUUAUCCUUGCUCAACCCAAAUUCAUUACCGAACGACAAUACUUUAGAAGAGAAUACGCUUCACGUUACUACAGUUGGUUCCCUUGGGGUAUCUCUGCUCUUCUGGUUGAAAUGCCAUACAUCUUUAUCUUUGCUGCCUGUUUCAUGUUUGGGUUCUACUGGACAGCCGGUAUGAAUACGUCUUCAGAGGCAUCUGGUUACUUUUACAUCACCUUUUGUAUUCUUGUCUGUUGGGCUGUCUCUCUUGGUUUUGUCAUUGCUGCUUUCUCUGAAUCACCUGUGAUGGCUGCUGUCAUCAAUCCUUUGGUCAUGUCCUUGCUUAUUUUGUUUGCUGGUCUUAUGCAAUCUCCUGCAGCAAUGCCUCGAUUCUGGAGCGCAUGGAUGUACUGGCUUGAUCCUUUCCAUUACUAUAUUGAAGGUUUAGCUGUGAAUGAGCUGUCUGAUACCGCCGUUCGAUGUACCGAUUCUGAUCUUGUCAAGUUUCAUCCUCCACCCAACAUGACCUGUGGCGAAUACACCAAGAAUUACUUUAGUUAUGGCGCUCCUGGUUAUAUUGCUAAUCCUGAUGCUAUGCAACCUGAUAUGUGUGGUUACUGUACCUUUAACAGUGGUAAAGAAUUCUAUUAUUCUCGAUUUGGUUGGGAUGAAGCUCACAAGUGGCGUAACUUUGGUAUCCUCAUUGCUUACUUUGCUUUCAACUGCAUUGUCUUUUUAAUGUUUGUUUACCUUCGCAGAAAGCCAAGACGUUAA